UUUCUAGCCCCAUGGGCCUCAAGUUCUAGUUGAUAGCAAGCCUUCUGUCCUUAUCAGUGACAAACAGAGAUGGCCCCAGAAGCAGUGACAGGCCAGGGGCUGGGGGGGUGAGGGAGUUGGAGAGACAGUGGCUGGGCUGUCACUGGCUGGAUUUCCUACUUCUGGUAUCUAGAGAAUGGUUUUGGAGACCAGAUCUGGAAAGCUGCAGCAGCUCUUGUUGGGAACAUGAGCUCUGGCCUCACACGGCCUUCUCGACCGCCUGAGCCUAGCUCCCCAGCCUGCAGACAUCCACUGGGCCACCCUCCUGCCCACUGCUGAGCCUGCCAGGCAGCGCCAUCUGCUCUGCAGCCCGUCCCUGGUGGAAAGGCACAAUGACCACAUUGUUUCUCUUCCAGCUUCUCGUCAAGACAUGGAAGCUAUUGCCAAGUUUGAUUUCAUAGCCUCGGGUGAGGAUGAACUGAGUUUUCACACUGGAGAUGUUCUGAAGAUCCUAAGCAACCAGGAAGAGUGGCUCAAGGCGGAGCUCGGAAGCCAAGAAGGAUAUGUGCCUAAGAAUUUUAUAGAUAUCGAGUUUCCUGAGUGGUUCCAUGAAGGCCUUUCCCGACAUCAAGCAGAAAACUUACUCAUGGGCAAGGGGAUCGGAUUCUUCAUCAUCAGGGCCAGCCAGAGUUCCCCAGGAGACUUCUCCAUCUCUGUCAGGCACGAGGACGACGUCCAGCACUUCAAAGUCAUGCGAGACACCAAGGGCAAUUACUUCCUGUGGACUGAGAAGUUCCCAUCCCUAAAUAAGCUGGUGGACUACUACCGGACAACGUCCAUCUCCAAACAGAAGCAGAUCUUCCUUCGGGAUGGAACGCAAGAUCAGCCCUACCUCCACCACACAGUUACUGCCAGAAGAGAGACAGGAACGGGAAUCUGGAUCUCCUGUUUUCUCUCCCAGGGUCACCGGGGCAACAGCCUGGACAGGAGGUCCCAGGGAGGCCCUCACCCUAGUGGAGCCAUAGGAGAAGAAAUCCGACCUUCGGUGAACCGGAAGCUGUCAGACCACCUUCCUCUGGGUCCCCAGCAGUUCCACCCGCACCAGCAGCCGCCCCCCCAAUUCCCACCAGGGCCACAGCCCCCUCCACAGCAGCGCUAUGUGCAGCAUUUCCACCAGGACCGUCGUGGGCGCAGCCUGGACAUAAACGACGCACACUGCGGCAUUGGCAGUGAGGUGAACGCCACCCUGAUGCACCGGAGACAUACAGACCCUGUACAACUCCAGGCGGCAGGGCGGGUGCGCUGGGCCAGGGCACUGUAUGACUUUGAGGCUCUGGAGGAGGACGAGCUGGGAUUUCGAAGCGGAGAGGUGGUUGAAGUCCUGGACAGCUCCAACCCAUCUUGGUGGACCGGCCGUCUGCACAACAAACUGGGUCUCUUCCCUGCCAACUAUGUGGCCCCCAUGACGCGAUGAGUCGCACUGGGAGGCUUACCGGCUUUUCGUCUGAAUCCGCCUGCAAGACAGGGAGGAGCAAGAGGCAAAAGCUGAACUUUAUAACUAUACAUACACGCAUACAUGUGCAUGUGUGCCCCUGUGUACACAAAACAUGUAUAUGUGUGCCUAUGGCUACACACAACAUUUUAUAAUAGUAAUUUAUUGGCAGGCAGGUUGGCUCGUUGACCAGCAUGAGAAAGAACUCAGGUGGAGAGGGGGGCAUUUUGUCAACUCUUCUCUGUGUGAAAGGACAGUGGGGAGCUGGGAGCAGAGCUGGGGAAACUUUUCCCCGGCCCUUGAACUUUCACAGCUUCUUUCCUGGCUUGGGAAUUUUCUAAGAGAGCAAGCAGCUAAGCAGAGAUCACACCCCAGGGAUGGAUGAACAGGACAGGGCUGGGCUUGGUGAAGCACAUUAGCUAGUUCACCGGGCCCUGUUCACCUACAGGGUAGCUCCCCUUUUCUGCAUAGAGCAGGCACUACACCCAGAGAAUUAAGGUGUAGCAGAUGCAGGGCUCCAGGCACCAAGCGAGUCUGAGCAGGGAACCGGCAAGGGCGUGGCUCCCCCUGGUGUGGGAGAGCCCUGCAAGCUCAGGCCUAGUUGACCCUGCAAGCUCAGGCCUCGUUGAUGGCUGUCUGGGACUUUUACUUUCCAUCUGAGACUGUCCCUUGGGUAAUCCUCUUCCCUUAUGGCUGACAGAGUUAGAACGCAGGGACGGGGCAGAGCCAAGCGCUAAGGAACACACAAGGGUUCUCCGCAGCCCUUUUGGCUUACUUGACUGUAACUUCUGUUUCCACAGCUGCAGAGAAGGCUGCAGCCUAGAUUCUUGGAAGUGCUGGGAGAGCCCUGGCAGAGACUGUGGGAUGUGUCAGCAGCCUCGCUCUGUGGUUACAAGAGUGUCUCUGUGGAGCUCAAUUGGGUUUUGCUCCUGGUUUUCCGUGGUUGAGGCCAUCUUUGCCUGUGGACGAGAGGGAAGCCAAGAGUGCUAGCUGCAGAUCGAUCGACAGAUUGACAGACUGACUCUAACCCCAACAGGAGCCUCAUGGGCCUGGGUUUCCUCUUCUAUUUGAGUGCUAGGCCUCCCCUAUCCUCCCUCCAUCUGGGAAGAGGAGCCCCACUGCCACUGUCCCUCUUUGUCUCCUUAAACUAGAAUUGUGUAUCCUAGUGCCUGACCUGGGGAAUAAAGAGAAGCCUGGCUGGGCGGGUGGGGAAGGACACUGGGGAGGAAGCUCGGUUGCUUUUGGAGAGCCUGGGAGUGAAGAUGUCAGAGCAGAAGGCACUUAGGAGGGUGUCAGUGAAGUCGCUUGUGUGUGUGUGUGUGUGUGUGUGUGUGUGUGUGUGUGUGUGUGUGCACGUUCUGAGAUAGGCAAGAAAGAGCUGGGGUGAAAGGGAUGGUGAGCGUAUGUGACAGACAGGGGGGCCUGUCUCUGUGUCCCCUCCUGCCGAGGGCAUCUGUUACUGAGGGAGACAAAAAGAACAGUCUGUGUGUGACUCAGGAGUCACUGCAGUGUGGCAUACACGCUGUCCCUUGUGACUCUGAUUCAACAAUCCUCUGAUCCCUGGGCUCCCUUUAGAGAAAGAGAGGGACCAGGAGGGAAGAAGAACAUAGCCUGGAGGUUCAGGGGAGCAGCAGGAAUGAGGAACAGCUGCAGCCCUGGGACAGGAAAGCAGGGGCAGUGCCAGAAGACGGGUGGCAGAUGGGAAACAGGGAGACCGGUUUGGGGGGAACGUAUGAAGCAGGGCAUGGAGAGGAGGCCUGGUCAGCUGGGACAGUGCAGGUAGGAGCCCCACCCCCACCCCCACCCCCAUCCCCAGAGCAGGUGAGAAAAGAGCGCAUCAGAAGGAGGCACCAAGGAGGAGAAAUGAGACCGGAAGCCGAGGCCAAGUGGGCCCAAGCUUGGUAGUAGGUGAUGUGAGACAUUACAGUAAAUAAAAGCCAAAAAUGGUGUUUGGUUUUACAGUAUUUGCAAACCAUAUGCUUUCAACAGCCCACAAACUUCAUCCAUUUGGCUGAUUCUGUGGGAGGAGCAGCCCUGGCUGAGGCAGAAAUGACUAGCUUGGUUCUGGUCUAGUUACUAUGCCUUGAAACACUCUAUGGGAAUACAGUAAUAAAGUUUUGCCAGCCUGAAUCUGGUGUCCAUGUGGCACAGCCCUAGGAGAAGGGGGUACUCCCCACUUUGGGGCGGCAGGGGUGCUAGGCCUGGAGACACAGAGCUCCUAAAACCCCUGGAAUGGGCAUCCUGUUCUAGCAGGAACCCUAGGGGGAGAAGGUAGGAGGAAUUUUAUUGAGGUACCCUCAUUAGCAGGGCUCGAUUCAGAAGGGAACAGGAGAGUCACCUAAACCACUAAUGGAGACCAAGGACUCACAGGGACUGAACCUAGAAGGUCAGCACCAAACCGUCUACCUGGGGCUCAGAUCUCUUUGGCUUCUGCUAUUGCUUCCUGGGAAGUAGGUGAGGGAUAGAGCAUGAGCCAUCAUACCCCCAACUCUCUUACCUACUUCCCAUGUGCCAGCCUCCCAGAGGUAAGGGAGUGUGUCUGUCUACCCAGUGUUUCUGGCUGUAGAGUCAACUGCAAGUACACCAUCUCUGAUUUUGGCCACCACACCCUAGGUGUGACUUUGUGCCAUCUGAACAGAGAACUUCCAGAGAAAAGCCCGUUCCUGUUGGACCACUUAAGGUUCCCUCCCCAGUUCAUUUCAAACAUCCAGCUGCUACCAUGGCCCACUCACCAUUAGAUGGUCUCGAGCUGAUCUAAGGAAAUACUUCUCAAGAUCUCAAGUAUCUGAGCGUUGUCUGGGGACCGUGUUAAAAUGUGGGUUCCGACUCAGCCUUACAUCUCUAACAAGCUCCCAGGUGCUUUGAUCAGCAAGGGCACCGGCCUCACAAAUCUAAUUGGAUUCUUUUUCAGGGGAUAUUCAGCCGCUGCUCUUUGUUGCUAGUGAAUAAGUCACUUUAGCUUUGGGAUAGGCACAACUCAUUACUGUCUUUAUGAUACCAUUCCUGUUUGGCAGCCGGUGACUCUUUUUUUUUUUUUUUUGCAUCUUCAUCAGUAAUCAGAAAAUUUCCAAGUGACAGGCAUUUGGCUGGAGACUCAAACAGGAAUUCCCUACUAGAAAUCACUCUAACAGGAGCAGAAGCUGUGGAAGGUGCAAGAAGCCUUCUCAGGAAAUCCUGAAAGAGAAAAAUCAAUGUCCAUCACUUUGGGCUCUGGGCAAGGGAGAGGGCAUCACUAGAUCUCAGCUCACAGCCCACACAGGGGACAGACCUGCCUGGUCAAAAUAAUUGUAUGGCACAAUUAUUUUGUCUAGCUUCAAUGUGACUAUCUGUAAGACAAGAGUGUGAGAAAAAUCUACCACUGCAAUUCUUUAAAACAAAUUUAUUUUUGUUAUUGUGUUUCAAGUCCUUCCACUUCAUCUCCCAGCCAACGGCAUCCUUCUGUCUCCCAUAGCAACUGCACUGUCCUCUGUGCUUGUUGGCCUGCAUUCCUUCCUGUGCCUGGUACACUCUCCACUCAGACACCAAGGCAAUCUUUGGACAGACAAACCCAAGCACACCACUUUUCUUCACAGGCACUUAGCCUUGAACCUAAAAUCCCAACCUGGUCCUGUGCGGUCUGGCCCCUUUCGGAUCCUCUCUCCAACCUCCUCUUGCUUUUAUACCCCUUCCCCACUGUCCUUCCUUCAGCACACAUAUGGCUAAGGACCCUCCCUAGGGUUUUCAUCAUUGUGGCCCCCCCCCCAGGAUGCACAUCCUGUGCUUUUCAGCUGACUGCUGUUCAGAUGUGGGUUCACACGUCACUUCCUCUCAUCACCCCCAUGUGAAAUAAAAUAUCUCUUUAGAUUACCUCCUGAGUCCCAUGCUUUUCCUGAACACCAUGCACACAGAAGAGGGCACUAGGUUGAGUGCCGGUUAGAUUGUAUGCUUCUUGGGGUGGAGGUCAUUGUGGUUUGCAGACGCUUGUAUGUUCAUGGCACAUGGGGAAGGCUGUCAGUACAUAUGUGUCUAAUGAUGUUGUGAUCCCCCAAGGUGAAAACCUUCAUCUUGAAGGGAAACUCAGGCAUAAAGUGAGAAAGGGGGGUGGUGAGACAAGAUGAUCUAGGGGAAAGGCGAAACACUCUAUCUUGCAAGGAAACUCAUUAAGACAGGAAGUAAACAACUCAAAAUACCUUCAGAAGUCCCUGAAACUGAAUAGAUUAACUGGGCCCCUUUCUCCCCAGUAAUAUAUAAGUCACAAAGACAGCUGAGAUGCUUAGAAGAGUCUCAAACAAAACAAUAAGCAAAUAAGCAAAGACCAGCCAAAGGCCUGGAAAACAAAGAAGAGACCAGCUGACCUGCCUAGAAGAGACUCAGACCAUGAGAGCCACCAGAAAAGACUCUCUCCAGCCUGUUGAGCUACCUGAAGGUUGUGCAGUGAGCUCCCAGGUUCUGGUUUUCCUGAGCUGUCACCAAUGCUGGGGUAGGGUCAGCUUUUGUAAGUUAUCCCUGCCCAUGUUCCUGCAAGUAACCUCAGUAAACUCAUUGCCUUAAUACACUG